AACCUAAUGUCUCCGUUGAGUGCUUUCGAAAUAUCUGCCCCAGGAAAAGUAAUUCUUCACGGGGAACACUCCGUUGUCUACGGCAAACCCGCUAUCGCUGGACCGAUCGGACUUAGAACCUACCUCACAUAUAAAAGGCUGAAUCAACCUGAGAUCAUACUGGAUUUCGCUUCAAUUCCUUUCAAAUCGUCACUUUCCCUAGAAUCAUUCAACCAAUUUCUCACCCAGUACGACUGCCAUGGGAGCUUGCAACCGCUGGAAUUCCUCAAGGAAAUGCGAUCUUCGGAUAAGUUUAUCUUCGCCCCGUUUGUAAUCGAUCAACCGAGCGAACAAUCCAUCAAGGAGCGUUUCUCCCUCGGCACAACUCUUUAUCUGCUGAACCGUGUUCUCCGCUGCGAAGGUAUCAGUGCGCUUUUCGAUGGUUUCCGAUUGACAAUCAAAUCAGUUAUGAGUAUCGGGGCUGGACUGGGAAGCUCCGCUGGUUACGGAGUUUGCGUUUCCGCCGGUACUUACAUCAUCUCGAAAAUAGUGAAACAUGAGCUAAACACUACGAAUGCUCACAUGUUUUCACUACAACAAAACAACUCGGCAGUGUUAGAUAAAAUCUCCCAGUGGGCGUUCGACUCGGAGAUUGUGAUGCACGAGCGUCCGUCCGGAAUUGAUAAUACGAUCUGCACCUAUGGCAAACUCAUUAAAUUUAAACGUGGGGAGCCGUUCGAAAAUGUGAACUUGCGGCAACAGGUUCACUUGUUAAUUGUUGACACAGGAGUCAGUCGAACGACCUCCAAGCUAGUUGCGCAUGUAGCUAAUCUGAAAACUAAGCACUCGAAAAUGAUAGACUCGAUUUUAGAUGCAAUGGGCUAUUUGGUGGAUGAUGUCGUCAGUAUCCUGGAAGACGAAGCAGACAGGGUUGAUGAACUCGGUACAUUAGUUUCGGUUAACAAUAAUCUACUGCGAGCGAUCGGUGUAAGUCAUCCGUCGUUGGAGAGAAUUUUUCGGUUAGCCGACGACUGUGGAUUCCAUACGAAACUGACCGGUGCUGGUGGAGGAGGGUGCGCCCUUGUGUUUUUACCACGAGAUUACGAAUCGAAUAAGGAGUUUACCCAACUAACGACAAAGUUGGAUGAAGCGGGUUUUUCCUGGAUUCAAACAACCAUGGGCGGUAUGGGGGUGGAGUUCCGGACAGUAGAAUGAUAUCUAGGCAAGCGAAGGUUUUCGCAGGGGUUUUUUAAAUAAUGUACGUAGUAGUUAGUUGGUAGCGGGGUUUGUAUAAUCGAUCAAAUCUAGGAUGUAGGUUGAAAUUUUGUUUCACUGGUCAGUAUUUAUGAGUUGCGUAUUGUAGUAUUUUAUGGCUCUCUUCAAAGGUACUUUUGGGUCACGCUAUGUUGAAAAAUGUAAUCUCCCUAACAUA